AUGGAACGUCGGCAAUACUUCAUGAGCGCCAUGUUCCACGAAAAACUAGACGUGAAGCUAAUAAACCUAGUGAAAGACAAUCCUGUAAUAUAUGACUUCAACCACAGCAAGUAUAUGGACUUCAAUGCGAGAGAGGUCGCAUGGCAAAAAAUAGGAGAUGUGCUCAAAAUGCCGGCCAGUGACUGUAAGGUGAGAUGGAUAAACAUACGCGACGUGCACAGGCGCAUAUUGAAGAAGAACCUCACGAAUCCUGGCAGCUGCAAUAGGCCUUAUAAAUAUGAGACCCAUCUCGCAUUUAUGAAAGCUUUCUAUAAAGACAUAGUCUGCACAACAAGCGAUUUCGACGCAGACGAUAAUAGCGCUUGGGACGAUGAUAAUAACGCUGAAAUUACCGAGCAACAGGACAACAGAGACAGUGAUGAUUCCGAGAAACCGAUACAAAAGCUGGUGAGCAAAAGAGGCAAAAGAAAGAGAAAAAAGAAAACUUAUGAGGAAGAGGAAAAACCGGAAGUGACAUACAGUGAAACUACUACAGAUUUUGAUCCGUCAGAUCCGGUCGAUGCUUUCCUGAUAAGCAUAGGCGCCACCUUAAAAACGUUCAAUCCUUACCACUUAAAUCUGGCUAAGAGCAAGAUAUUCGCCGUUGUGCAAGAACAUGAUCUGCAGCAGAUAGUUCAAAAAUCUAAUGACGUGAAAAUGUCCACCUCGGAAUGUAUUUAUAUGGAAUAA